AGAUAUCUUACCUGUUCUUGCAUCACUAAGAAGCUUGUCAUUGCUCCAAGUGUAGGUGGAGCUCAACAGAACAAGCAGCAGUUAGAACAGCAAUCUGAUAAAGGUGGAUGCUCUCUCCUACAGCAUCGAUAUCUCGAUGAGUUUGACGGAAUCUACGACCGGCCGCUCGCGUGCUUCGGCUGCGGCAUAGGAUGGGCCUGUUUCAUCUUGGGGUUUGGCUUCCCUCUGCUCUGGUACAUUGCUACUGCUCUUUACUUUGGGAAGUACCACCUCAAGGAUCCAAGGGAAAGAGCAGGGCUUGCAGCAUCUGCAAUUGCAGCUUUGAUUUGUUCUGUUGCAGCAUUGAUCACAUUGGUGGCUGUACAUCUGUAG